AUGAAUUCGCCAAUUCUAAGACAAGUAUCAGAAUGCUUUGUCAAACCACUUCAUGAUCUCUCACCCGAAAAAAAACAACCUAUUCACUGCACUCCCUUUGAACUAGCCUACCUUAACAAUAAUUAUAGCCAAGUAGGUCUGCUUUUCGCUAAACCAUCAUCACUUGAAGACCAAAACUUCUCCAUAACCGCAUUUUUGGAUUACCUCAAAAACUCUCUUUCCGCAACACUUACCCAUUUCUACCCGCUUGCAGGCCGUUUAGCGACUCAAAAACAAGAUAACCCGCCUUCCUAUGUUAUAUAUAUUGACCCCGAAAACAGCCCUGGGGUCAAGUUUAUAUAUGCUAAGGCGAAUGCUACUAUAUCUGAUGUACUUAAACCUGCGUACGUCCCAUUGAUUGUUGAAUCGUUUUUUGACCUUGAUAGAGCUAUCAACCAUGAUGGUCAUACAUUGCCUUUGGUGUCCAUUAAGGUGACCGAGCUAGACGAUGGGAUCUUCAUCGGUAACUCGAUGAACCACGUUAUCGCUGAUGGCACAUCUUUUUGGCAUUUCAUGACUUCUUGGAGUGAAAUAUUCAAAUCUAAGAAUCAAGGUGCUUGUGUUCUCUCACGUUAUCCGGUUUUCAAAAGACAAGCUCUUUAUAAAGAAUACGAUCCUAUCGUUAGUCUUCCGUUUACACAUCAUGAUCAGUUCAUUGAACGCUACGAACAUCCACAAGUACUUAAAGAUAGAUAUUUCCAUUUUUCAUCUGCUUCGAUAGCAAGGCUUAAGAAAAAAGCAAAUACCGAAUGCAAUUCUCAAAAGAUCUCAAGUUUACAAGCAGUGUCCGCUCUUUUAUGGAGGUGUGUAACUCGAGUACGACGCCUACCAGCAGAUGGUAACACAGUUUGUACACUUCCUGUGAAUAACCGACGUAGGGUGAAUCCGCCUUUAUCUGAUGAUUAUUUUGGUUCCCCAAUUCAAACAGUACAAGCAACAACAACGGUGGAGGAUUUGAUGGCACAUGGGCUCGGAUGGGCAGCAUUUAAGUUACAUGAAGCGGUAACAAGCGACGACGAUGUAGCAGUGAGAAAAUGGGUUGAUUCAUGGUUUAAAAACCCGGUAGUGCCUAAAAAUAGUAGCUUGAUGUUUUCAAACAUGCUACAAAUUGGGGGCUCGCCCAGGUUUGAUACGUACGGGUGUGAUUUUGGGUUGGGAAAAGCAAUAGCGGUUAGAAGUGGGCAUGCUAACAAAGCCGAUGGGAGAGUGGCUAUGUAUCCUGUCCGGGAAGGAGACGGAAGUAUGGAUGUCAAAGUGUGCUUAUUGCCUAAAACUAUGAAGGAUCUUGAAUGUGACAAGGAGUUCAUAUGUGCUCUUAAUUGGAAUUUUGUUCAAAAACGGGCAUAUUUGUAG